GCCGCCCGCAGCACUGUUCCGUGGAGACUCGGUGAGCCGCUGAAGACGCAUCGCGCCGCUUCUCUGAACUCAGCCCGACCCGCCACCGCCAAUGGACUCCGGGAACAACGCCGCCGGCAGCGCCGCAGACGCCACGAGCUCCUCCGAGCAGCAGCGCCAGGAGAACGGGCUCCAGCUGGACGCCGUCAUGAAAGCCGAGUCGUCUGCAGAAGAAGUCGCCGCCGUCGGGGCCGGAGUGCCGGCGCCCUCAGAGAGAAAGAGUGCCCCGUGUGGAGAGGAGGGGCAGCGCGCAGCAGCAGGAGGAGGCGGAGCUCCAACAGCGGCGAGCACCGUGCUCGAGUCUGAGGCUGCCGGGUCUGAGGGCGCCGGGUCUGAAGCCGUCGGGUCUGAAGCCGUCGGGUCGGAGGCCGCCGGGUCUGAAGCCGUCGGGUCGGAGGCCGCCGGGUCGGAGGCCAACGGGUCUGAAGCCGUCGGGUCGGAGGCCAACGGGUCUGAAGCCAUCGGGUCAGAGGCCGCCGGGUCGGAGGCCGCCGGAUCUGAGGCCGCCGGGUCGGAGGCCAACGGAAACCUCGACCUCACGGCAGCCUCCUGCCCCCCGGAGCCAGGCAGUGAGGCGGCGGGGACGAGGCUGAGCGAGUGGACCUCUGAGGAGCCGGUCCCCAGUCCGGAGACCUCGGAGGGCCCGGCGGACCCCCAGAGGGCCGUCAGCCUCGACGCCGCCGAGUGCUCGGACGGAGGCGGCGACGCGGCGCUGGUCCGCACAGACGCCCUGGAGGACCUGACGUCCAUCGGGGACCGAGGCCUGAGGGACGGUCCGGGAGAGUCUGGAGAGGGAGCGGAGUCCACGUCCAGGAGCCCCGAGGCCCAAAGUCUGCCACACUCCGACCCUCAACCGGAGGGCCUCCUCACGAGCCCCACGCCGCCCGACGCCGCGCCUCACGGCGGUUCAGAGCCUCCCGACGGGGCUCGGGCCGCCGAGCUCCAGAGAACCCCCACCCUAAGCCUCCCGGUGGCCCGAAAGUCUCUGGUCCCGGUCGCUCUUCCCAAAGCUCAAGCAAAGAUGGACAACGGCUCUGCAGAGAAGAGCCAAACUUCCACCAAACCGGCCACUUCCCCUAAAAGACAGACAAGCCCCGCCUCCCGAAACGGGCCCAGCUCCAUCCCCGUUAAGGCCGGCAGCCCGGGGCCCCGGGCCCCCGGAAGUCUCGGUGGCGUGAAGUCUCAAACCAUCGGCAUCAAGGCGUCCGUGAGAUCGGCAGCGCAUCAAGAUGGGAGUGGCCACAGCAGCCCAAAGUCCCCCGCGAGCCAAGCGCCGUCCGCCAAGGCGGCGGCCGAGGCCAACAAGGUCAAGAAGGUCGCGGUGAUCCGCUCCACGCCCAAAUCCCCCGGCUCGCUCAAGAGCCGCCCGCCGGCCCCCCUGGCGGCGGCCCCCAUGCCGGACCUGAAGCACGUCAGGUCCAAGAUCGGCUCCACGGACAACAUGAAGCACCAGCCCGGAGGCGGCAAGGUGCAGAUCUCCCACCAGAAGGUGGACUACAGCGGCGUGCAGUCCAAGUGCGGCUCCAAGGACCUCGUGACCCACGUACCGGGCGGCGGCAACGUCCAGAUCCUGGACAAGAAGAUCGACGUGGCCAAAGUUCAGGCUCGCUGUGGCUCUAAAGACAACAUCAAGCACACGCCCGGCGGGGGCAAGGUUCAGAUCAUUGAGAAGAAGCUGGACUUGAGCAGCGUGCAGUCCCGCUGCGGCUCCAAAGAUAACAUGAAACACGUCCCUGGGGGCGGCAACGUUCAAAUCGUGCACAAAAAGAUCGAUCUGACCAACGUUCAAUCGAAAUGUGGAUCGAAGGCCAACCUCGGUCAUAAGCCAGGUGGUGGAAAUAUUGAGAUCAAAAAUGAGAAGAUUGAUUUUAAAGGUCAGUCUAAGGUCGGCUCCCUGGACAACAUCGGCCACGUCCCUGGAGGCGGAGCCAGACGGAUUGAGAGCCACAAGCUGAGCUUCCGUGAGACUGCCAAGGCUCGUACGGACCACGGCGCUGAGAUCGUGUCCCUGGAGGACUCCCCCCACCCCCUCAGCACCGUGUCCUCCUCCGGCAGCCUCAACGUCGCCGACGCCCCGCAGCUCUCCACGCUGGCCGACCAGGUGUCCGCCUCUCUGGCCAAGCAGGGCUUGUGAAUGCACCUCCUGCUCCUCCUCCUCCUCCUCCACCUCCAACAACACGACCACGUCGAGAAGAUGCGACGCCUUCCUCCUCAUUUUGUCACAGGACUUUUUUUAGCUACCCAUCACAGUUUACCCUCCACUAACCUUUAAAAGAAAGAAAAGAUUAACGAGUAAUUCAACACGUAUUUAACCUCUCUGGUCGUUGCUCUUUAUUUGCCAUUUCUACCUUUUGUAAGUGUCCCUGUUAAGAGUUACCCCACCUAGCAGAGCCACGAACCUGAGGACCUCCUCCCACGCCUGGUUUCCUGUCACAUGACCGGAAACCCUUGAGAAAGUUCCUCCCUCAAGAUUCUUCAGAAGGUUCCUCAAGAAUCUUCAGAAGGUUCCUCCCUCAAGUCCCUUCAGAAGGUUCCUCAAGUCCCUUCAUAAAGUUCCUCAAGUCCCUUCAGAAGGUUCCUCCCUCAAGUCCCUUUAGAAGGUUCCUCCCUCAAGUCCCUUCAGAAAGUUUCUCCCUCAAGUCCCUUCAGAAAGUUCCUCAAGUCCUUUCAGAUGGUUCCUCAAGUCCCUUCAGAAGGUUCCUCCCGUAAGUCCCUUUAGAAGGUUCCUCUCUCAAGUCCCUUCAUAAAGUUCCUCAAGUCCCUUCAGAAGGUUCCUCCAAGUCCCUUCAGAUGGUUCCUCAAGUCCCUUCAUAAAGUUCCUCAAGUCCCUUCAGAAGGUUCCUCCCUCAAGUCCCUUUAGAAGGUUCCUCCCUCAAGUCCCUUCAGAAAGUUCCUCAAGUCCUUUCAGAAAGUUCCUCAAGUCCUUUCAGAUGGUUCCUCAAGUCCCUUCAGAAGGUUCCUCCCGUAAGUCCCUUUAGAAGGUUCCUCUCUUAAGUCCCUUCAUAAAGUUCCUCAAGUCCCUUCAGAAGGUUCCUCCCUCAAGUCCCUUCAGAUGGUUCCUCAAGUCCCUUCAGAAGGUUCCUCCCUCAAGACCCUUCAGAUGGUUUCUCAAGUCCCUUCAGAAGGUUCCUCCCUCAAAAACCUUGAGAAAGUUCCUCCCUCAAGUCCCUUCAGAUGGUUCCUCAAGUCCCUUCAGAAGUUUCCUCAAGUCCCUUCAGAAGGUUCCUCAAGUCCCUUCAGAAGGUUCCUCCCUCAAGUCCCUUCAGAAAGUUCCUCAAGUCCCUUCAGAAGGUUCCUCAAGUUCCUCGUGGGUAUUUUGUUUUGAUCAAACUUGCUGGUGUUCAGUUUUUGCUUAAGCAGAAACAUUAAAACAGGUUUUACUUUAUUUUAUCGCAAGAAAAGCUAAAAAGCUGAAAAUAAAGUUGCAAAUAAUUUCGUCACGGCAUUAAAAAAAAGGUAAAAAGAUGCGUUCAGGGUCAGUGCUGUCGUUUGUUUUACAGGAGUCUGACCUGGAUUAUAAAAAAAUUGAUAUAAUAAAGGAACGGCUAGAGUAGAAACGUUUGUGUCGGGCAGUUUUAUAACGUACUCUGUGGAUAUAUGACGUGAAUUUGAUAUGAAGAAACAUUUGUAUCGUGCCUGCUGCUGUCGGUGUUAUUUUAUUCUUUUGUUACUGUGAAGCUCGAGGAGGAAGAAUUAUUAACCUUUUACGGCACUUUGAGAAAAUGUAACUUUUCAUGGCCAAAUUAUGGAGCGCAGAGGCUUUGAUCACACGCUAUGCUAAUGCUAACCAGUUAUCAGUGUUCUUAAAGAGAGACUAUGUUUAGGUUGUGAGAGAAUACCAAAUGCUAAGCUAAAUGCUAAGCUACUGUAUAUCUUUUAGCUAAAAUGCUAAAAGUAUUUUAUCAAUUUAGCGAAGCACAGAAUUAGCAAGGUAGCCGCCAUGCUAGUCUAUUUCCUGUUUCCGUUUCAAAGUAAAAGCUUUCUGGAGUCUGUUGACGGGAUGCUUUUACUCUGAAAAUCUUAGUGCGACUUGCAUGACGGCAUAAAAUAAAGAAAUGCUAGUCAACGAGCUAGUUUGCUAUUUACACAUAAAAGAUGGCCGCCCCGCUGCAUUGAUUUGAGAAUUAAGAACAGUUAGCUAACGUGUUAAAAUUACACAAUUGAAUUAUUUCUUCUCUCAGAAGUUACGUAGUCUCACUUUAAAGGGUAAAGAUUUAAAAAAUGUACUCACACAGAAUGAAUAUUGAAAGCAGCUUGAUGAUGAUGAUGAAGGGUUGGUUGGGCCAAGUUGAUACGACAUCUUGUUUCUGCACCCGGGACGCUUCUCUCUGCUGCGUCACAUGACCUGCAGUGGGCGGUCAUGUGACCGGCGCCCACGGGACUCACGCUCCACGACGCCGCGGUGGUUAAAACAGACCGACGGGGAACUCAAGUUUGAUUAUUUAUUGAAUGAAACCCGUGAAGAACCCGUAGACGCUCCCGGUGCCUCGCCACCGACGCGACACAGCAUGCUCCCCGUGUGCGUGAAGUCCGCUCGUCGCCUCCCCCUUUUCUCAAAGUCUCUACGUGUCACGUUUUAUGAACAGAGACUUUAAAAGUGAAGCACAUCGUGUGUCGGUAAGUACUCGUGACUCCUAACUGUGCGUUUUAACAAGAGUUGCCCCAAUAGAAGCGAGCGGCGCGGCCGCCGGACGCCAACGUCUCCGCAUGAGUUCCCUCCGGCGCCGGCGGCUCGAUCCCGACGGCUUUUUCUUUCUGCAGUAACAGAAACCCAUCAGCGUAUUAUUUUAUAGUUUUGUCCCCGACGCUGUUCAGUCUGUGGAAAUGUGAUUGUUCUCGUUAUUGUGCAUUUUGAUCAAUAACUGGUUUAUGACGAUGAUUCUUGUUGCUGUAUUUGUGUUUGAAAAUAAACGCCAUGAAGUCAA